UGAGAACAAUAUUUUAAGACUGAAUAAAUUUUGCAUUAAAUCGAAAGUUUAAUUUUAUUAAAAAAACUGAAUUGAUACCAAAAUAUUUUCACAUUAAAAAAUUAAUUUGCAGUUUAAGAAUUUCAUUAAUUUUUUUUUUAAAAAAAAGUCUAGAAGCUUCCAAGAAAUUCGAUCAACAAAAGAAUUAAAAAAUCUAAAAUGAAGUUGCUUGCGUUGUUAGUAAUUGUGCUUGUUGCUGUGACAUUGUCAUAUUCACAUCCAAAUGGCGAAAUGGACCAAAAGGAUGUAUCAUACCAAGGUGGUGACAAUGAUCCUGAAACUUCAACAGUCAAGGAAACUCGAUGGAAUAAAACCAAGAAGUUCUUCAGUAAAACAUUCAAUAAGGUCAAAAAUGUAUUUCCCUCAAAUCCAAAAAAUGACACAACUGAGGCAUCAGGACUUGAAGAAAUUGGAAUAAUUGAUGAAUCAAGUGAGGAGGUUCAGUCAUCAACUCCUGAGACUAUCGGAUUUUGGAAAAGAGUCAAAAAUAUUUGGUGAAAAUUUAUAAAAAAUUAUUUAAAAUUAGAAUGACGUCAUUAUAGGCAAUACGAU